AUGGGAUUCCAGACAUACAGCGAUAACGCACCCAUGCAAUUACCGAUGCUAAAGCUGAAGCAUUAUUCCACGUUCUCCUGGAAGGAAGGAACUAUUGAGGAGAGGAGAUUUACCAAGGAAGAGGUGUUAUCACUACAAGUCAUUGAAGCGAGCGCUGGUUUGACUUUAAGUAUAUCUUUUGCGGACAAGAUAGCCGAUGCCCAUAUAUACCGACGAACUGAAGAAAACGCCGACCGAAGCAUAUUUCUCAGAGACGCAGCUGUGGAUGAGUCUGAAGCUGGGAUGAGGAGUAAAAGCAAAUUGGCAUGCGGUUGGUGUGAGCUGGAUCCGUCGGUUUCCAUAAUGAACAGCGAAAGAUCAUGGGCCAAUCUUUCUGCAUUGUUGAAACAUCAACAUUCUGGGUUCCACGCUCCCAAACCGAGAAACGUAUAUGACACUAUUCAUAGUCACGUAGCCGAGCAACACUUAACAAUUGAGAAGACUGGCGGCCAUCAUGAAACUUCAGACACGGUAUCACAACGGCCUGUCGAAUCCAAGAACACAGAUGUGUCCAGUGACGGAGGAUCAGAAGACGGAACAGACAAGAGAACCCUCAAGUCACCAAAACGAAGCAGAAACGACGACACGUGGUGCACAUGUUUUAGAGACCCAGGAUACUCGAACGAGCUUGAACGACCUACUUUCAGCUUCUCAGAAGUAAUCACUGAUAGAUAUAUGGAGAAAAAUCAAAAGCCACGAGGAAACAAGGAAGAAUGCACUAGGGCUGUACCGCCAAGUUUUGCAUCAUCAGAAUGGCUUGAGGAAGUUCCAUCAGAUCACAACUUCUUAUCAUCAACUGGGCAGGGCAUCAAAAUCCCUUACCCUAUUCACGAGCUUAAUGAGACUUCAAUUGAGGAUUCUGCACCUAGAUCAACGACUGGCAAAUUUUUUGAGCCUCAGCCAAACCUGAUAAACUUCGAAGACACGACGUCUGAAACUCGAUCGACAGAAGACUGGCAAGAUCCUUGGAUGCUCUUCAGAGAAGCUGGCGGUGCGCUAUUGGAUAGUCUGUAG